AUGGAUAUCUUGGUCGAUGAGUCAGUCAUCGUUGCCGUUGCUGGUGAGGUCAAUGACACCAGAGAGCAGCCUUGGAAGCGCUACUUAGCGCUUGAGAAGGCUGAGGGCAAAGUUGAACGUGCUACAUGGCAGCCGGGGCAGCAGAAGCCUUGGGAAAAGCCCUGGAUUGGCUGGCAAAGCGCUGUCGCCGCCAACAACCCUAACACUCAGGGCACUUGA